AUGGAGCAGAAGCCCCUCCCCCUGACAGCUGGGCGGGGAGGAGGAGUAUCUGUUGGCUCUCAAACAGGAAUUCAGAGGAGCGAUGAAGAGUCUGCCGUGCUUCAUCCAGCCGGCAGCUGCACACAGAGGAUGAUGACUCCAUCUGUGGUCUUUGUCUUGCUGGCUGUUCUAGGACAGACCAGCGCCACAUUAGAUACUAAUAUUGCUAGAGGUGGAAACGUGAUUCAGUCCUCCUUGUACGAGAAAGAGGUCCCUGAAAGGGCCAUUGAUGGAAAUCGUGCUAGCAACCUGGGACAGGGAUCCUGUAGCGUCACUAACAAUGAUUUCAAACCAUGGUGGAGACUGGACCUCCUGAAGAAAUAUCACAUCAACACUGUCACCAUCACCAACAGAGGAGAUUGUUGCCACGAGAGAAUCAAUGGUGCUGAGAUCCGCAUUGGAAAUUCCCUCAAUGACAAUGGCAACAAUAACCCCAGAUGUGCUGUUAUCUCGUCUAUGGCAGCUGGGUCCUCCCAAACCUUUGUGUGUAAUGGAAUGGAAGGUCGAUAUGUCAACAUUGUGAUUCCUGGAAGACAAGAAUUCCUGACACUGUGUGAGGUGGAAGUCACUGGUCAGGCUUUAGGUAACACUGCUCCAACUGAUCCUAAUAUUGCUAGAGGUGGAAACGUGAUUCAGUCCUCCCUGUACGAGAAAGAGGUCCCUGAAAGGGCCAUUGAUGGAAAUCGUGCUAGCAACCUGGGACAGGGAUCCUGUAGCGUCACUAACAAUGAUUUAAAACCAUGGUGGAGACUGGACCUCCUGAAGAAAUAUCACAUCAACACUGUCACCAUCACCAACAGAAGAGAUUGUUGCCACGAGAGAAUCAAUGGUGCUGAGAUCCGCAUUGGAGAUUCCCUCAAUGACAAUGGUAACAAUAACCCCAGAUGUGCUGUUAUCUCGUCUAUGGCAGCUGGGUCCUCCCAAACCUUUGUGUGUAAUGGAAUGGAAGGUCGAUAUGUCAACAUUGUGAUUCCUGGAAGACGAGAAUUCCUGACACUGUGUGAGGUGGAAGUCACUGGUCAGGCUUUAGAUACUAAUAUUGCUAGAGGUGGAAACGUGAUUCAGUCCUCCCUGUACGAGAAAGAGGUCCCUGAAAGGGCCAUUGAUGGAAAUCGUGCUAGCAACCUGGGACAGGGAUCCUGUAGCGUCACUAACAAUGAUUUAAAACCAUGGUGGAGACUGGACCUCCUGAAGAAAUAUCACAUCAACACUGUCACCAUCACCAACAGAAGAGAUUGUUGCCACGAGAGAAUCAAUGGUGCUGAGAUCCGCAUUGGAAAUUCCCUCAAUGACAAUGGCAACAAUAACCCCAGAUGUGCUGUUAUCUCGUCUAUGGCAGCUGGGUCCUCCCAAACCUUUGUGUGUAAUGGAAUGGAAGGUCGAUAUGUCAACAUUGUGAUUCCUGGAAGACGAGAAUUCCUGACACUGUGUGAGGUGGAAGUCACUGGUCAGGCUUUAGAUACUAAUAUUGCUAGAGGUGGAAAUGUGAUUCAGUCCUCCCUGUACGAGAAAGAGGUCCCUGAAAGGGCCAUUGAUGGAAAUCGUGCUAGCAACCUGGGACAGGGAUCCUGUAGCGUCACUAACAAUGAUUUAAAACCAUGGUGGAGACUGGACCUCCUGAAGAAAUAUCACAUCAACAAUGUCACCAUCACCAACAGAGGAGAUUGUUGCCCUGAGAGAAUCAAUGGUGCUGAGAUCCGCAUUGGAAAUUCCCUCAAUGACAAUGGCAACAAUAACCCCAGAUGUGCUGUUAUCUCGUCUAUGGCAGCUGGGUCCUCCCAAACCUUUGUGUGUAAUGGAAUGGAAGGUCGAUAUGUCAACAUUGUGAUUCCUGGAAGACGAGAAUUCCUGACACUGUGCGAGGUGGAAGUCACUGGUCAGGCUUUAGAUACUAAUAUUGCUAGAGGUGGAAACGUGAUUCAGUCCUCCCUGUACGAGAAAGAGGUCCCUGAAAGGGCCAUUGAUGGAAAUCGUGCUAGCAACCUGGGACAGGGAUCCUGUAUCGUCACUAACAAUGAUUUAAAACCAUGGUGGAGACUGGACCUCCUGAAGAAAUAUCACAUCAACACUGUCACCAUCACCAACAGAAGAGAUUGUUGCCACGAGAGAAUCAAUGGUGCUGAGAUCCGCAUUGGAAAUUCCCUCAAUGACAAUGGCAACAAUAACCCCAGAUGUGCUGUUAUCUCGUCUAUGGCAGCUGGGUCCUCCCAAACCUUUGUGUGUAAUGGAAUGGAAGGUCGAUAUGUCAACAUUGUGAUUCCUGGAAGACGAGAAUUCCUGACACUGUGCGAGGUGGAAGUCACUGGUCAGGCUUUAGAUACUAAUAUUGCUAGAGGUGGAAACGUGAUUCAGUCCUCCCUGUAUGGGAAGGAUGUCCCUGAAAGGGCCAUUGAUGGAAAUCGUGCUAGCGACUAUGGACAGGGAUCCUGUAGCGUCACUAACAAUGAUUUAAAACCAUGGUGGAGACUGGACCUCCUGAAGACAUAUCAGAUCAACACUGUCACCAUCACCAACAGAGCAGAUUGUUGCCCUGAGAGAAUCAAUGGUGCUGAGAUCCGCAUUGGAAAUUCCCUCAAUGACAAUGGCAACAAUAACCCCAGAUGUGCUGUUAUCUCGUCUAUCAACGCUGGGACCUCCCAAACCUUUGUGUGUAAUGGAAUGGAAGGUCGAUAUGUCAACAUUGUGAUUCCUGGAAGACAAGAAUACCUGACACUGUGUGAGGUGGAAGUCACUGGUCAGCAACAGAAGAAACUGAUUGUUAAAUAAUUUCUUAGUUCAUGUUCGCUUAAUUGUAACGCUACUCUACACAAGUUUGCGUAUUUGGUAUUUUUUUGGUAUUACAUAUCCUAAGGUCAGGACAAUCGUAUGCUGAAGCUUUAUGUAAAACUGAUACAGAUGGUUGUUUCAUACAUUAGCUAACAUAAAAUAAAUGUUAUUGUUCAAAUUUAAAUCGCGAAACAAAAAGAUACAGCUCUAGUAACUGAUUAUACUUACUAUUCUGUGCCACGAAAGCAGCGAGAGAUGCAUUAUUAAACUGAGCUGUGGGAAAAUGAAAGCAAUGGGUGGGAAAUGAUAUACAGUGCACUGACUGCAUUGCAUUUGUUGUAAUUUUUCUUGGGCUUGAUUCUAUCUACUGUACUUAU